AUGCCGCCGACCAAAGGGAAGGGGAGAGGUGCGGGGGGCGCGGGCUCCCGCUCCCAGUCGCGGCGUGGACGCGCUCCUUUAAGCCGACCCACGCCCGCAGUGACCACCCGGUCGAGAGCGGCGCUGCGGGAACCCUCGCUGUUACCGCAGUUCGGCAAGCGGUCCAGGAUGGCCGAGAAGGGUGGCGAUGAUGAGGGGAGUUCCUCCAAGAAGCAGAAAACGACGAACGCGAGUAGCCAAGAGAAUGCCGCGGCAGGCUCAGCUUCUGCUGCCGCCGUCCAAGAGGACAGGGCCAGCGCGGAGGCCAUACCCGAUGGCGCCGCCUCCGAUGUCUCCUCCCCCAUUCGGCGACCAUACAUGGUCAGGGAGCCUUGGGACUCGGCUAACAUCAUUCCCUACCAGGACGAGAAUGCAAAGUACCAAGCGAAGCUCGAUCGUCAGAAUAACCUCUUAUCUCUCAACCACAAUGGGCCUAUUACGUGUCUAGAUGAUGAAUCUUUCCUCCCUGUUCGAGAGUCUGUCACACAGAUGGUUUUCAAAACCGCCAAGGCUGUUUUGGGACUUACAUCUUAUAUCGACAGUAAACUCUUGAAACGGUGUUCUGGUUUCUUAAUUGGCUGGAACAAGGACACCAAACGUGGUACUAUCUUGACAUCUGCAAACUUAUUGUGCACGAAAUCCCCAAAUAUUGAUGACUGGUCAGGCCCACGUGAAUAUGCUCCUGAUGCCGAGGUGCUAAUUCAUUUGUUAGAUGACACUACUCAAAAAGGCACAUUAAUCAAUUAUCACAAGCACUACAAUAUUGCAGUGUUUGAGGUGGAUAUGAAUAUGUCUACAAAGUUACCUCCUGUUAGCACUGAACUUGUAGACUAUGGCCAAGAGGUUUUUCUUAUUGGAAGGGAUGAAGAUCUAAAUCUAAAUGCCUCUCAUGGCAGAGUGCAAUGCAUAGAUCCAGGAUAUUAUGAUCACUAUCACUAUAUGUAUCUUGAAUGUGAAUUUGCCAAGUUUAGUGAUGGAGCGCCAGCCAUUGACACAGAGGGAAGAAUUGUGGGAAUGGCCAACCCCACUAUUGGAGCAUCAUUCAUUCCUCAUGUAUUUACACUUAAGUGCUUGCGUAUGUGGAAGGAUUUCAAGUGUGUACCCCGGCUGCACCUUGGACUGAAAGUUUCUUCUAUUAAGUUUCUUAGGAGUUUCCAUAGAGAAAAAUUGUCCCGCAAGUUCAACAUUGAGGCUGGUCUUAUUGUUCUACAGGUAUCAGAAGGGUCUGCUGCUGAAAAAAUUGGAAUCAGAAAUGGUGAUGUCAUCGAGUCAUUGAAUGGAAAAUGUAUUCCUACCGUUGUUGAGCUUGAGAUCAUGCUAUCGCGUACAUGUGAGGAUUGUCUUGAUAAAGGAGGUGUCCUUGGUUCAAAUGUGGAUCUUACGGUUGGUUUGUUCCAGAUGCGCAAACAAAAACGUUGCACUAAAAUGUUGACGUUAAAUGUAUCUGAUGACAUGGAGGUCAUUGCAGAAGGUAGGUACCCUGUCUCUGCAGCACUAAGAAACUCGGUUGAUAUGAGCUCACGACAGGAGACAUGA